AUGGACGUCCCUAGACCUGACGGUCCCGACGUCAACAGAGGGACGGAUAUUUUCGUUGGAUGCUGGGUGUUGACUGGCUUCGUCUUCUUCGUUCUGCUGUUUAGAUUCGGUGUCAAGGCUUGGAUAGCAUGGCUGCUGCCGAGUGUCUCCAGGCCCGAACGGGUAUGGGGAUUGGAGGAUUUCUUCUUUGCGUUGGGCUAUGCCUUUGACGUUGGACACAUGGCUCUGAUCUGGAAGAGCUGGGAAUGGGGUCUUGGCAGGCACUUUUUCUAUCUUUCUCCAGUCGAGAAAAAUCGAGCAAUGAAGUGGGAUUUCAUAUCCCAGCCUCUGGCCGUGUCUGCGGCCAUGUGGUCUCGAACAGGCGUCAUCAUCUUCCUGUACACUUGCUUCGCGCAGAACAGGAGGAGUCUGCGGGUCAUUGUGGUCAUCUGCAUGGCCGUCCAGAUCGUCGCGAACCUCUUCACCAUAUUGCAAAUCUUCCUCCAAUGCGGCCCAAAUCCGUACCGAUUCGUCGACCGAGCAAGUUACUUCCAUUACAUGUGGGACCCGUUGCCGGAAGAUGGCUCGGUCAUCUGUCAGGCGCCAACAGUCCAAGCCACGGUUGGAUAUGUGCAGGGCGCGUUCAACUGUAUCAUCGACUUCACCUUGACCUAUCUGGCCGGAUUCGAGCUCUGGCAAUUCAUGCUGCGAGGCACACAGAGUAUUAGAGAGAACUCGUUUCUCACCAGGUUCAAGAGACUCGAUCCCAGGAUCCGAAGCCAACGAAUCUGGCAAACCUUGUUGUUGUGCGGCCCGCUGCUGCUAUCGGGCGUUGCUUCGAUCAUCAAGACCUACCUGCUCUCAGCCCUCGGAAGUAGGCUGGACUUCACAUGGAACAUUGUUCCCUUCAUUCUCUGGGUCAAGUAA